UUGGAACAAGCAGAGAAUAUACACUGGAUUUGAAAGAAGCAGCAUGUGUUGACCAGCUGACCUGAGGAAAUGGCUGGCUAUGGGAAUAGUUAUGGACCAGGUGGUCAGGGUCAGGACAUACCUAUGACAGAGAGGUCACACUUUAACCCAGCAUACCGUGAUGACAGUCUCCCACACGACAGGGAGAGAGUGGUUGUAGACGUGGAGGGGAUACACAUGCAAGAUCGCCGGGGUUCUGAUGGUUCACAGGAAUUCAAUCAAGAAGGCAGCACUCGCAGGAGAUGGGCGGCCACAGAGGAACUGAGGGACACUGCUGAUCUGAUUAACUCCCUCCCCAGUCGACAGCUUGAGCAAAUAGCCAGUAGUGUGACAGCCAAAGAGUCUCUCCGAAGAAGGAAAAGCAGUAGACGAUCCCUACAUGGAACAAUUAGAGCUGCUCGGGGGAAGGGAGCGGACGAACUGGCAGAGUCAUUCAAACGCAAUGAUGAAUAUAUGGAUGAGUUAGAUGGAGAAGCCAGAACAACAGAGACAUUGAGGAGAAUUGCUCUACCUAUGCAGGAUAAAAUUUCAAUCAAAAAAACUACUUCAGAAACCAGGAAACAGAUGACAUUGAAGAGAGGCAAGCAUAAAAAUAUAGGAUGGUGGAAAAGGACUAAGUACAGUAUUGGAAUCUCCUGGAUGCACUUCAAGCAUCGAAUGGCUGAGUUUGCCUACUCCUUGGAGUUAUGGAGAAGUCAUAUGAAGAGGAUAGAGGGACACUUUGGGACGGGCGUGACUUCCUACUUCCUGUUUCUGAAGUGGAUUUUCCUCCUGAACAUCCCUGUGUUUACCUUGACUUUUGGGUUUGUUGUUAUCCCCCAGAUUCUCUAUAGGUACUAUCUGAAGGAACCUACUGGAUAUGGCUGGCCGGAGAAUACAACGAGUGUCACAUUUACAGGGGAGGAACUCCUGACAGGGGGUAACUGGUUUAACAACACUGAAAUGUACUAUGGAUUUUACACCAAUGAGAAAAUUGCCAUACCAAGGAAUUCUACCACUAUGUAUGACAUGAAGUAUGCCUAUCUUUUUACAUGUGGUGGCUACUACAUCCUCUGUCUUAUCACACUAGCUAUGAGUAUCUCCCACUCCUACAAAAUGAAUUACAUUGAGGGCAGUGGCACUCACACGUUUUACAAUGUGAGUCGUGUGUUCUGUGGCUGGGACUAUAACAUCACAGACAAAGCAGCAGCUAAACUCAAACAUAAGAGCUUCUACAAUGAAAUGAAGGAGUAUUUAUCAGGCAGUAAAAAGAAAAAGGUCAAGAAGAACAUGGAAGAGAAAUGUAAGUUGUUCUUCCUGCGAGUGUUUACAAACCUGAUCAUCCUGGGUGCCAUUGGUGGCCUGUCUUAUCUUGUUUUCUGGAUAUCAAGGAAUGAUUCACUCAAGCUGACCGUUUAUAUUUUGAGUGAUAUGGCGCUGUCUCUCUGUGUGUCAGGAAUAUUUUUGAUUUUUCCACCAAUCUUCUCCAUGAUUGCUAGAUAUGAAAGAUAUGAAGAACCAAAGAAUGAAUUGUACAUCAACAUGAUCAGAACCAUGUUGCUCAAAACCUAUGUGCUGGGAAUCCUGGUAUAUUUCUGGUUCACUGAAACAGCUAAUGAUAAAAAAAUAUGCUGGGAGACAAGUGUGGGCAAUGAGAUUUAUCGUCUCGUGUUGGUAGACUUUUUCUUUAUUCUUGGAGCAACUUUUGUUCUGGAAUUCUUACGCAGAAUUUUUGCAAAGUAUUGUUGUAAGAAGAAAGAGGAAGGGCAGGGAGGACAGACUGCAGGGCCAGAGUUUGACAUUGGGAGGAACACAUUGGAUCUGAUCUACUCCCAGGCUCUGUGCUGGUUGGGAACAUUUUAUUCUCCACUUUUGUCUCUUGUUAUGAUGGUUAAGCUCUUCAUUAUCUUCUAUGUCAAAAUGAUUAGUGUUCUUCAGAACUGCCGGCCUUCAUUGCGACCCUGGAGAGCUGCCAAAAGUCACACCAUUUUCAUGGGCUUCCUGUUCUUUUUUUUCCUGAUGGCCAUGGUAGCCGUGGCUGUUGGGGUCAUCAUAAUUGAACCAAGUAAAGUUUGUGGUCCAUUUCGUGGAGAAGAGAGGGCUUAUUCCAUUGUGACCCAACUGAUUGACAGCUGGAAAGGAAAUUGGUCUUGGCUCCGUGACAUCAUUAACUUUAUAUCCAGUCCAGGGUGUAUAGCCAGCAUCCUGGUGGCUCUGUGUGUUGGGACUUACUACAUGAGAAUUGUGAUGGUGGGGCACAAAGAGAUGGUGACACUAUUGAGGCAACAGCUACAUAUGGAAGGGAGAGAUAAAGCUUAUUUGCUGAGAAUGUUACAAGAUGUCAGUCACAAAAAGAAGGAGAAACUCCAUCAAUCUAAUGCGAGCAGAGUGUUAUCUCCAACCUCAAUCUCGACCUUGGAGGCAGGUCAAAGGUCACCAGGUCAUCGUGUGUUUGCAAGAGCUGCAGCAGAAAAUGCUGCAUUGAUGACACCUAGCAACCCCAGAGUGAGGCGGGGGGAGUCUAAUGGGAGUCUGAAUGGCAUUCUACACUGACCGGCAUUCUACACUGACCAUCCAUUUCAGACACAAAAGAUUUCAGAAAUCCAUUGUCUUACACAUCAGCAGAGGGACCAUUUUCCACUUUUACAAACUUUAUAUUCAUGUUCAUGUAUCAAAGUGGGACUUUAUAUUUGUGACGUAAUUAAAUAUAUUUAAUGAUUCUGAUCUGUGUACAUUUAUCAUCUUCCUGGGUAAAGAUUGGGUCCAAUUGGGAGAUUUCUUCUCUUUAUUUGAUAUAUAUCCUUAUAAUAAAAGGAAUCUGUGAUAAGUUUGUCAAAUUGAAUGUUCAAAUGGUGUAUAUGUGUACAUCUACAACUUUAAGUUGACUCAGGUGAUAGGUACAUAUAUGUUUAGUUAGAGUAUUUUGUCCUGUUUUUGAUGAGAGACAUAUUUUUGUCUUGAAUUUCUUUGUCAAAUCAUGGAUGGGCAUGAUGCAUAAUAUUAUAGGCAUAAGGCAUAAUUAACUUCAAUAUAUUGUUUUUGCAAAUGUAAAAUUUGUGGAGGUUGGCUUUAAUGAUGUCAGGUUCUUUUAUAUGAAGGGACCAAUUUUCAUGGAUUACCACUUUUCCUGCAGUGUUUUUGUGGCUUAUGCUUGUGAAUAUGUUUCUGAAACAAAUUGUAAGUAAAAUGUUUUAUUUGGCUAAA